GUCAUAAGACUUUGCGUACGUCACAUAUCACGGGAUCUAUUGUUGCUUUCUUUAUAAACACCAUUAACGCUCGUUGCGAUUCAACUGUUGUUUAUUUCCGCCCGGUGAAACAGUUCAACGAGUACAAGGAACGCUCUCAGCAGACAAAACACAGAAUGUGGCGACUAGCCUUCCUGUGCGUGAUCUCCACCCUCUCGGUUAGCUGGGCUCGACCGCGGCUCGCUCCUCUCUCCCAUGAGAUGGUCAAUUUCAUCAAUAAAGCAAACACCACUUGGAUGGCUGGACGAAACUUCCCUAAUGUUGACUACAGCUAUGUAAAGAGGCUCUGUGGGACUUUUCUGAAAGGACCCAAACUCCCUGUCAUGGAGCAGUAUGCUGAUAACCUCAAGCUCCCUGCUAACUUUGAUGCUAGAGAACAGUGGCCCAACUGCCCCACUACUAAAGAGAUCAGAGACCAGGGCUCUUGUGGUUCAUGCUGGGCUUUUGGUGCUGCUGAAGCAAUCUCGGACCGGGUGUGUAUCCAUAGCAAUGCCAAAGUGAGUGUUGAGAUCUCCUCUCAAGACCUGCUUACCUGCUGUGACAGCUGUGGUGAUGGAUGUAAUGGUGGCUACCCAUCUGCGGCCUGGGACUUCUGGAAUAAAGAAGGCUUGGUGACUGGUGGACUCUACAACUCUCACAUUGGCUGUCGCCCAUACACUAUUGAGCCCUGUGAGCAUCAUGUGAAUGGCAGUCGCCUGCCCUGUACUGGAGAGGGUGGAGACACACCCAACUGUGAGAUGUCAUGUGAACCUGGCUACAGCCCCCCUUACAAGCAGGACAAGCACUUUGGAAAGACUUCCUAUAGUGUCCCAUCUAACCAGAAUGAGAUUAUGAAUGAGCUGUACAAGAAUGGCCCAGUAGAGGGAGCUUUCACGGUUUAUGAGGACUUCUUACUGUACAAGUCUGGUGUAUAUCAGCAUGUGAGUGGAUCUGCAGUAGGUGGCCAUGCUAUUAAAAUCCUGGGUUGGGGAGAGGAGAAUGGCACCCCCUACUGGCUAGCUGCUAAUUCCUGGAACACUGACUGGGGUGAAAAUGGUUUUUUUAAGAUUCUCAGAGGUGAGGACCACUGUGGCAUUGAAUCGGAAAUUGUGGCUGGAAUACCCAUGUAAUUUCUUCACAAAUCGGGGAGAAGAGACAUGGAGAAAUGAGUGCCAUGUUCAAAGUGAAUACAUCAGAUGUUUAAGAGGACUGCCAUCCUAUGGCCAUGAUACAUUGACAAAGUAUUGUGAAUUCAUUGACCAUUUGAGUUUGAUUAACUUAAGACUAUCUUACAAAAAUUAUCAUGUACCUUUUUUUUUAAAUGGUUUUUGAAUUUGAGAGACUAUAUGCACAACUACUGAAUCUGUCACUCUAGUGCAAGUCUUCAUUCUAGUUUUAAACUACAGUCAUCAUUUUAGCACUCUUUAAGACACUUUAUGUAAUUUUCAUUAAGAUUUGUUCAAUGGUUUUAAAACUUUUUUUUUUUUUUUUUAUUGAAUUUGAAUGCCUUUUUGUCUCAGAUGUAAUAAUGGUAUGUAACAUUUAAUAAUAAAUGUAUAUAAG